GUAUCAUCUUAGCUAAGAAUGUCUUACACUCUCAACAUGGAUGUAACCAUUGCCCACAAUUCCUCGUACUUUUCUCUCCCAUCGUAAGCAGAGGGACCGACUUGACUGCAUACAACCACUGCCGUGAGUUUCCCCCUCACACCCAUCCAUCAACCAUGUCUUGGUCUGUGAAGCCCCCAACCGGAGCGGAUGCCUUGAAUCCAAAUCCAGCCAGCUCUUCUACCGCCGCGAUGAUGGAGCAGCAACAGCGGCAGCGGCAGCAGCAGCAGCAGCAGCCUUCCAAUUCUAUAAUUACGGCCACUCCAGACACACCCUCCUCGGCCACCUCCAGCCAUCCGAGCUUGCAAUUGGGCCAUUCGCCGAUAACCUCCACCACCACCACCACCACAUCCACCACGACAACCUCACCCACCGAGGAACAUCCAGGAGGCGAACGCCAGCAAAGCAUCUCGUCGUCGAACAACUCCACCUCGGCCGCGGGCUCUGCUUCUGCCUCUGCCUCUGGCUCUGGCUCUUCUUCUUCGGCCGCAGCCUCCUCUGCCUCUGCCUCUGCCGCGGAGCAGAACAAGGAGCGUAUCACCGUGCCCUCAGCGUGCGUGCAGUGUCGCUCCAAGCAUCUAAAGUGCGAUGGCCUGAGUCCGUGUACACGAUGUUCCGCAAACAGCUUUGAGUGCAUCUACGUCAAGAGUCGUCGAGGCUUCAAGGGCCCUCGAAAGAAUGGGGUUCAGGGCAAAAUCCCCGCAGCUGCUCCAGGCGGCGUAGGCGUAGGUGCAGCUUCGAGCUGUCCCAUGGUCAACCCCAACGCUGGAAGAGGUCCCCAUGGCCAUGUUGCAACCGGCCUGGCCACACCCCCAGACCAUCGACCACAAACCAAUCCCAUUGAUCCUCCUCUUUUGUAUGAUGCUAGCCACCAGGAGCUCGCGUCGUCGUCGGCAUUGGACAUUCGAGAAAAAUGUAUCGAGGCAUUCUUCUACCAUUUCCAUGCGGCUCACCCUUUUAUUCUUCCUCGAACCCAGUUCAUGAUUUUGAGAAAUGAGCGGCCGAUGGAAUGUCUCCUGGCGGCCAUGCGUUAUGUUGGCUCCUUCUACAUCUCACAGGCACCAACCACCGCAUUGGGAUUGGAAGCCGAACGUGCUAUAUACCAUGCCGAUUGUCCCAAAGACGCCGUGAGAGUUCAGGCCAUGUUGACCCUUACCAUUGGACUCGAUGGGUACACCUUCCAGGAAAAGGCGUUGCAGAUUCUACUAGAUGCACAGGACUUGGCUGUAGAAAUCGGGAUGAACAAGCGCGAUUUUGCCUUUCUCAACAGCAAUGGUUCACAUAUGCUUGAAGAGAGUUGGCGGCGAACUUGGUGGGAAUUAUAUAUAGUUGAUGGGAUGAUUGCGGGAGUCCAUCAGAAGAGUGAUUUCCGCAUGAAGGACAUGCCCGCGGAUGUCUUGCUCCCAUGUGAAGAGAAGGAGUAUUCCUCGGGGGUAUGAAUGAUAUCUAUAUUCUUGACUACAUCGCUGACCAGUAUAGUUCAUUCCGCCAUCUCGCUCACUCGAGGACUUUGAUGACCAAUCUUUCGAUUCGAAAGAGCUUGCAUUUUCAUCCUUCACCUAUAGAAUUGCCGCGAUGAGAAAUCUUGGUCGAGUCCUAUCAUCUCGACCAAGUCCAACAGCAUUGCCAGAUAGAGAAUCAGUUCUGAGAGUGGACAACCAUCUUGUAGCUUGGAGACUGCAUCUACCCGACAACAAGAAGGCAUUUAUCAGCAAUGAAGGUAUUUUGGAUGAGAUGCUCUUCCAAGCACACAUGAUCACCGAAGCGUAAGUUCUAUAUAAUAUGAAAUGCAAUAUAGCAUACUCACUCCCAAAACAGAACCACAGUCGUCCUCCACCGAGAACACUCCGAGCUCGACUCCAGCGUAGCCAAAAACGUAACCUCCUGCGCCCCCCACAAACCCAUCAUCCCGGGAGAAAGCUACAACAUCCACGCCGCAAAAAUGGUCCAAGCCGCGCAAGACAUCUCCAAACUCAUCUCUCUACCCGUUCCCCUGGUCAAACAUACGCACUUCUUCACCUGCGUCGUAACCCUCGGAUCCAUCGUGCAUCUCUCCAUCUGGUCCGCUCUGAUGCCGUACAUGCAAGACGACGACUUGAAGCAGCAACUCCGUCUCAACACCGGCGCGCUCAAGACGUUGUGGCAGGUCUGGCCGUCUGCUGGGAAGGCAUUCGGACAGGUGAAGGGGGUUGCACAGGAGAUCUUUUCGGCCAAGAAGUUGGUGGUGGAGAGUGGGUAUUGGGUUAACUUCCCGCAGGAGGAUGUGAUGAGGGUGAUGAUUGAGGAUCAGAGUAUUAUGGAGGAAUUGCAGCUUCUUGAGUAAUUUCAUUUGGAUUCAAAGGGAACGGAAAGAAAGAAAUGGGAUUUAAUGAGAUCUAUGAGCUUGGAAUGAGGGAAUUGGGAUGGCUUUUCCUGUUUCUUUUUUUUUGAAUUGUUUGGAUAGGAAAGGGAUUUGAUACGAAAUCUUGAAAAAACCAACAAACAGAAUAACGAAAUCCAUGAAUGUAUUCUUUAUUACCUCUUCACCC